UGACCGCUGAGACAGACGCAGAUACAAUGUGCCUUUGACAGUAGUCUCAGCAAGCAGCUGGUUUGGUUGUUCUCAAGUAUCACCUGCUAACAAAGUUACCUGAUUUCAAAAUGGGUGAACAGUCAACCAUCGAUUUGGACAACCGAGAUCCCAACAACAUUAACGACCAUUUGAAGGUCCAGUUUGAGGAUGUCUUGGCUGAGCCCGAAGGUGCCCACAGCAUUGACUGCUGCUGGAAGUUUACCAACACAUGCUUCAACUGCGCCUUCAAAUGCUGCUACAUGCUGAUGACCCUGUGUGGACCUCUGUACGGUCUCUACUACGGUUGGAGUUAUGCCAUGCUUGCCUGUGCUCAUAUUUGGCAAUACACACCCCAGAUUAAGGCUUGUGAGAUCAACUGUGUCAUGAUGAGGAAAUUGUACACCAUCUGCCUCAACUGCUGCCUGACGCCAUUCUGCGAGUCCUGCGGUGCCUUCUUCAGUAGGAUUCAAGUCAAACAGUAACACAGGGACUAUACUGAACUGUCAGGCCAUUCUUACCCAACGUAAAGUAUUAGUGUCAUCUUAUUCCGAUGAGUCUUGCACCCCUUGCAAUAGAUAUUCGGGACACAAUGAACAAUUGGAUUUUGGGUGAAUCCGAAGGCAAACAUUGAUGUGAGACAUCAAGCCUCGUCAACAUGUCUUUCGGUGAUAUUUUGUAGAGGAAACUUGAACCUCCCCUUUUCGACUGUCUAAACUCUCAUGAAAUAAUAUACAAAUGUAUUUCUAUGUAGUCACGAGUUCAUAUUCCGCUUGCCGAAGAAACACAGGACCAGAAUGUCACGUCCAACGUCUUCAUAUGUGUACAUUGGACAUGUGUUAUAUUGUACAUAUUCAUAUCCAGAUUUUGGAUCAAUAAACCGUCUUUUGUAAAA